CUCUUGCUCCUCUCUGCCGACUGCCUGCAGCUGCGAACUCGCUCCCGAGAUGCAGAGGAAUGAGAGCACAGCCACUUGCAUAAGAAACUCAGGAGCUGCUAGGGAUGAAUGCUAUUUUUUGUUCCCUGGCAUGUUCCCUCACCACGUGGCCCAGCAAACAGCAACACCAGUCCAGGAGAGGUGGUGGUGUAAAGCUGUGAGUAGGCAUUCCUCUUCUACACUGAAAGAAGAAAUCCAGGUGAAGAAAAAAACCAUGCCUUUGUUUAGUAAAUCGCACAAAAAUCCUGCUGAGAUUGUGAAAAUUCUGAAGGAAAACAUGGCCAUAUUGGAAAAACAAGAAAAAAAAACAGACAAGGCGUCAGAGGAAGUGUCAAAAUCUCUGCAAGCAAUGAAGGAAAUUCUGUGUGGGACCACAGACAAGGAACCACCAACAGAAGUAGUGGCUCAGCUGGCACAAGAAUUGUACAACAGUGGCCUUCUAGUGACACUUAUUGCCAACCUGCAGCUCAUAGAUUUUGAGGGUAAAAAGGAUGUUUCCCAGAUAUUUAACAACAUCCUGAGAAGACAAAUUGGCACACGCAGCCCUACUGUGGAAUACAUUAGUGCCCAUCCACAUAUCCUAUUCAUGCUUCUGAAAGGCUAUGAAUCCCCAAAUAUUGCCUUACGCUGUGGAAUUAUGCUGAGGGAGUGCAUCCGACAUGAACCGUUGGCCAAAAUCAUACUUUUUUCAGAACAGUUCAGAGACUUUUUCAAGUAUGUGGAAAUGUCAACGUUUGAUAUAGCAUCUGAUGCCUUUGCUACGUUCAAGGACUUGUUAACAAGGCACAAGUUGUUGGUAGCAGAUUUUAUGGAACAAAAUUAUGAUACGAUCUUUGAGGAUUAUGAAAAACUCCUUCAUUCUGAGAAUUACGUAACAAAGAGACAGUCCUUGAAGCUGCUGGGUGAACUGAUUCUAGACAGACACAACUUUGCCAUCAUGACAAAAUAUAUCAGCAAACCAGAGAAUCUGAAGCUGAUGAUGAACUUGCUCCGAGACAAAAGCCCCAACAUUCAAUUUGAAGCAUUCCAUGUGUUCAAGGUUUUUGUGGCCAGUCCAAACAAAACGCAGCCCAUCGUGGAGAUCCUGUUGAAAAACCAACCCAAGCUCAUCGAGUUUCUGAGCAAUUUCCAGAAAGAGAGGACGGAUGAUGAGCAGUUCACCGAUGAGAAGAACUACCUGAUCAAGCAAAUCCGAGACUUGAAGAAGCCGACAGCAUAAAGAACUCCACUCAUUUUCCACUGUAGGCAUUAAUCUCUUCUGUUAAGUUCCUCAGUGUCCCUUAAACACCACAAUAGUGCUUGAGAAGGCACGGCAAGUGCCUGGGUUUUUUAUUUUGUCUUUGUUCCUAGAUGUCAAGAGUAUAGGGGUUUUACAUGAAAGCUAAAAGAAAAAACAACCUAGAAUAAUAUAUUAUUUUUAAUCGAGACUAGAAUUAUUUAUGUCAGUUUAGAAUCCUUCUGAACUAGAAGCCGCUCUGCCAUUUGUGCUCAAGGAGGACAAACCUCCUAGCUUAUCUCUGUGGGCAGGCUCGCAUGCUGGGGAGCGCACGAGGAGCUCCUGUGUGCCGAUGCUUUCCCUCUGCACCCAUAGCUGUGACUUUGUUUGAGUGCUGCACACACACACACGACUGUGAAAGAGUACAUUUGUCUCUGGAGUUAGCUGCAGUUACAGAUGCUGUUUUUUUAGCCAAAACAGUCACGUUUUUCCUUUGCUUCUGUGUUCUCGUCUAUAAGCUUUCUUUAACCCUAGAUCAGAGGUUUUCUGUUCGGUCUGCGCUGGGGAGGUGGAUGAAGGCACCUGACUGGGCAGAAUCAUGCACUGCAGGGUGCCCAGCUGGAGGAAGGUGAGAACACCUCUCUUGGUGAGAUGUGGCCUCAGUGUGAGCUGCUGUGUGGCCCUGGGGCUGCAGGAGCUGCUCUCAAAGCUGAGAGCAUCUGUUGGGUGCUCACGUCGAGGCCUUGGAGCACCCAAAGGCUGCUGCUUACCUGGUGUUUCCUAUCCCUGGUCAUUCACACCUGGAUUCAGGUUCCACAGAGGCAGUCAUUGCACUGCUCACUCAUUUAAGGUUGAAUAAGCUCUGUGAUCCAAACAGUGUUUCCUGUGUGUGCUGGGACAGUGUGGGGUCUUUUUUCAGUGGGAUUGAAGGUGUUCUCUGGGGCUUCAUCGGGAUGUGGAGUUUGAGAGCAAGGAGUGGAAAUGUCUUGAGUUCUUGCCAGCUGAAGUCCUGAGUUGUCCUGUUUGUUGCAAGGUUGUUUUGCAGCCAAAGCUGGCGCUGAUGCUUCAGAUAGAAAGGCCAACUGAAUUGUGAAAAUGGAGCAAGGCUUUUUCCUUCAUGAAAUUGUUGUAUAUUGGGGUGACUGAUACUUUUAUUUAUGUGCUAUGGAAAAGGGAUGAAACUGAACAGAUUGUGGAGUCAUGGGUUUGUAUUGUUGGUUUUUGUUUUUUUUUUUUCAGAUGUCAGAUACACACACACACACAAAAAAGCACAUCUUAGUUGCCUGGAAUUUAAAAAGAAAAUAUUUACAAGCUAUUAAAGGCAUGAUUACCAAGUAA